AUGCAUCGCUUUAAGGAGAAGUUCGAGCAAGGAAUAGAGAACCUCGAAGAGAAAUUCAAGGAACACAAUCUCAACGACGUGAAAGCCUCCGCGACACAUUUAAAACACAAAGUUGGCAAGUUCUACAACAUCGUCAACCCCAAUCACCGCCAUGAUGAGGCGCACGAACAAGCCACGGAUAAGAAACGGUCGGAAAUUGCCGAAUCCCAUCGGUUCCACUCAUUUGCGCCCGUUCACGAGAAUAACCGCGUGAAAUGGUACGUUGAUGCGCUGGAUUAUCUGUGGGCCGUCUCUGAGGCCCUGGAUAAAGCAACCGAGACCAUCUACAUUGCCGAUUGGUGGCUGUCGCCGGAAUUGUUCCUCCGGAGACCCCCUGUGCAGCAUAAGGAAUGGCGGUUAGACGAAAUUCUGAAGAGACGUGCGGAGGCGGGUGUGAAGAUCUACGUGAUCGUGUACAAAGAGGUCAACCAAGCUUUAACUUGUAAUUCGGCUCACACCAAACAUGCAUUGCAAAAUCUUUGCCCGGAGGGGACACCAGGACAUGGCAACAUUCGAGUCCUACGUCAUCCCGACCACAAUGUUUUUGAAAAUGGCGCUGAUAUGACACUCUACUGGGCGCACCAUGAGAAAUUCAUCGUCAUCGACUACGCGAUGGCAUUUAUUGGAGGUAUUGAUCUUUGCUUCGGUCGUUGGGAUGCGCACCAGCACCCACUUGCCGAUGUCCACCCAGCCGGUCUGAAGGAUGACAUUUUCCCUGGUCAGGAAUUCAACAAUAAUCGCAUCAUGGACUUCCAGAGCGUGCAGGACUGGCAAAAUAAUGAGCUGAACAAAACCGAGUACGGUCGCAUGCCGUGGCAUGAUGUCGCGAUGGGCUUGAUUGGCGAUUGUGUCUAUGAUAUUGCGGAACACUUUGUGCUGCGCUGGAACUUCAUCAAGCGUGACAAGUACAAGCGCGUUGAUACUGUGGAUUGGUUGUUGAUGGAGGGACGGGAGGGUGAGCAGGAGGAUAUCAUUGCUGUCCAGCGGCCUAAGUAUCCCGUUGGCGAGUAUAUUCAUCACCCUUUGACGCCGCUUUCGACCAAGCCUCGCGGUGAUCAGGGAACUGUGAGAGCGCAGAUUGUGCGCAGUAGUGAUGAUUGGAGCAGUGGUAUUUUGAACGAACAUAGUAUCCAGAAUGCGUAUUGCGAGAUCAUUCGCAAUGCGGAGCACUUUGUCUACAUUGAAAACCAGUUCUUCAUCACGGCGACCGGGGACAACCAGCACCCGAUUUACAACAAAAUUGGCGCUGCCAUUGUUGACGCGGCUGUGCGGGCUGGCAAGGAGGGCCGCAAAUUCCGCGUCAUUGUGGUGAUUCCUGCUAUCCCCGGAUUUGCGGGCGACCUUCGUGACUCUGCUGCGACCGGUACCAGAGCCAUCAUGGAUUACCAGUACAAGUCGAUCUGCCGAGGCGAGGACUCGAUCAUGGGACAAAUUGCUAAGGCGGGCGUGGACCCGAAAGAGCACAUCUUUGUCUUUGCUCUACGUGCUUAUGAUCGAAUCAACAAGACCCCAGCACUGGAGGAGCUUGAGAGCAAGGCCGGGGUGACGUACCAGGAUAUCCAGCGUGGUAUCGCCGAGUCUAUCAUGGGUGAGAGUGUGCACCCCUCCGUUGGUAAAGAGGGCGAUCACAACGAGAAGAGCUAUGAUGCCGAUGAGGCUCAGAGGCAAGAGACUAUGAAGAAGCUUGAAAGGUUUGAGCAGCAGGUUGAGCAGAACAAGGAAAAGCAGGGGGAUGCUAGCCGAGACUCGGUGGCCCACGUUACCAUGCUGAAUGGUGGCAAGAUGUCCGAUGAGGUGUGGGAAGGUGACCCAGAAGCCGAAAAGGCCAACAUCGUGCAGGAGGAGCUCUACGUGCACGGUAAGGUGUGCAUCGUCGACGACCGCAUCGUGAUCUGCGGUAGCGCCAAUAUCAAUGACCGAUCCCAACUCGGCUCCCACGACAGUGAACUCGCCAUCGUGAUGGAAGACCAAGACUUCAUCGACAGUGAAAUGAACGGCCAACCCUACCGAGCUGGUCGUCACGCUGCCACACUCCGCCGCCAACUCUGGCGCGAACACCUCGGUCUUCUCCCAGCACAAGACUACAACGCAGCGGAGGAACCGAAUGCCCAACCCCCUAACGUCUGUCUUAACUCCAUCCUUGAAGGUCCCGAGAACGACUUCGUCACCGACCCACUCGGUGAUGCGGUCUGGAAGACGUGGACCGACCAGGCUAGCGUCAACACGGAUACGUACCGGAUGCUGUUCCGGGCGGAUCCAGAUGACCACAUCAAGACAUUUGAGGAUUAUGAUAAAUUUUACCCGCGUGGAGUAAAGCAGGGGCACCUAUUUGAUCCAUAUAUGCCCAUCGCCGAGGUGCGUGAGAAGCUCGAUCGAAUCAAGGGACACCUGGUGUGGCUUCCAUUGGAGUUUUUGUGUGAUGCCGAGAUGGCGGAACCUGGAUUGGCAGUCAAUCAGAUUACAGAGAGUAUCUACACGUAG